AUGCCUGAGAUCAAGCGAUGGAUCAAGAAACUCGAGGUGGAAUCAGAGCCGGGGUUGACAAAUGUGCAGUUGAUGUUGACGAACUAUGACUUGCGACCAGUCGAGCCCGAACGCCGCCAAUGGAGGUGGUACAACUUCAUCACUUUCUGGAUCGCAGACUCUCUGAACAUUAACACAUGGAUGAUUUCCUCCUCGAUGAUUGUUGAUGGUUUGUCCUGGUGGCAAUCAUGGAUAUGCGUCUGGGUCGGUUACUUCCUCGCUGCCUGCUUUGUCUGUUUGACCGGCCGCAUUGGUGCCGUCUAUCAUAUAUCUUUCCCCGUCGUUUGCCGGUCAUCGUUUGGGGUCUGGGGCUCGCUAUGGCCGGUGCUGAACCGCACGGUUAUGGCUAUUAUUUGGUAUGGUGUGCAGGGAUAUAUUGGAGGUCAAUGUGUCACACUGAUGAUUCGGGCAAUUUGGCCAAGUUACAUAAAUCUGCCUAAUGGCAUUCCCGAAAGCUCCGGUGUUAACACGAUGAACUUCCUGAGUUUCUUCCUCUUCUGGUUGAUGUCGUUGCCCGCUCUUUGGUUUCCAGUUCAUCAACUCCGCCAUCUUUUUACCGUCAAGUCCAUCUACUCCCCCAUUGCUGCUAUUGCUUUCUUCGCAUGGGCUAUCUCUCGCGCCAAUGGGCUUGGCCCGAUUGUUCAUCAGCCUAAUACAGCUCAGGGAAGUGUGCUGGCUUGGGCCGUCAUAAAAGCGCUCAUGAGUUGCAUGGGAAACUUCGCUGCUUUGAUUAUGAACGAUCCAGACUUUUCUCGAUUCGCACGGAAGCCCAAGGAUGCCCUAUGGGCGCAGCUGUUUACCAUCCCGAUUGGGUUUGGUGUUACUUCGUUCAUUGGUAUCAUUGCAUCCUCCUCAUCGUCUGUCAUUUUUGGCGGGCCCGCGAUCUGGAACCCCCUUGAUCUUCUGGGAAGAUUCCUUGAGGGAGCCAGUUCAGCCGAGCGCUUUGGCAUCUUUGUUAUUGGGCUUGGGUUUGCUCUCGCUCAACUGGGCACCAAUAUUUCCGCCAACUCGGUCUCUGCUGGCACGGACAUGACCGCUUUACUUCCUCGAUACAUAAACAUCAGACGAGGUAGCUACAUUUGUGCGGCCCUUGGAUUGGCCAUUUGUCCGUGGAACCUGGUAUCCGGUUCCAAUGAAUUCACUACAUAUCUAUCCGCCUAUUCCAUCUUCCUGUCGGCCAUUGCAGGUGUCAUGAUAUGUGAUUAUUACAUCGUCCGCAAAGGAUACCUUAUCGUCGGAGAUUUAUAUAGCGGCGAGAAGGAUUCCGUAUACCGCUUCCAAUACGGCUUCUCCUGGCGGGCCUACGCUUCCUAUCUAUCCGGAAUCAUGAUUAAUAUCGUUGGAUUUGCCGGUGAAGUUGGCCGUGAGGUGCCUGUGGGUGCCCAGUACAUUUACAAUAUCAACUAUAUCUCCGGCUUCAUUGUAUCCUUUGUGAUGUACUAUGUCCUCACUCGCCUCUUCCCCAUCGUUGCUACAAGCGACACCUGGAAUGAAGUCGAUACCAACCUCGACACAGAGGGACAAGAAAUUGACGAGGAAGACAUUCACACAACCGGGAAGCCAGUGGGGUUUGGGACCUCAACCUCUCAAGAGUUUAAGGGCGCGAAGGCGGGGUCCGCUGGCGUAUAG